ACCUGCGGGCACGUUCUCCUACCGCAUUAGUCAUGAGACAAGCUUAAUUUAUAUUAUUUGAAACAGAAAUUUUCAACUGGAAGAGCUUACCCAUAUCUCACAAUUCCAGUCUUCAAUAAUACCUCUAAUCCAAACCCUAUAUCAAGGAUUUCAAUUCCAAAUCCACUUCACAAAAUAUACACACAAACACAAAGUGCACCCCAAGCUGCAAACUAAAAAAGAUACAUAGAAAUUUCAAUCUUCCCACUUCUGACGAUCCAGCUAUAAGUUCCUAGGCAUUCUAAUAUCGGAGAUUGAACCCGAUCCUUUCUUUUUUCUUCUAAUUGGAUUUUGUUAAUUGUAUUAUUCGUACAUGAUCGAAGAUGUAUAGCAAUUUCAAGGCGCAAGCGAUUGAGUAUGUGAACCAAGCAGUGCAAGAAGACAACGCUGGUAACUAUGCAAAAGCAUUUCCUCUUUAUAUGAACGCUUUGGAGUACUUCAAAACCCAUCUAAAGUACGAGAAGGACCCUAAGAUUAAGGAGGCCAUUAAUAAGAAAUUUACUGAGUAUUUGCAUCGCGCUGAGGAGAUCCGGGCAGUGAUGGAUGAUAGUGGGACCGGGUCAGGUUCGAGUGGAGGGGAUGCAGCUACCAGGCCCAAGGAUGGAAAAAAUGGAGAGGAUCCAGAGCCGUCCGAGUUGACGGCUGAGCUUAACUUCGUUCCUUUCAGCUCAUUCAAGGAGCAAGCAAUUGUGUAUGUGAAGCUAGCUGUGCAAGAGGACAACGAUGGUAACUAUAAUAAAGCAUUCUCUCUUUACAUGAACGCUUUGGAGUACUUCAAAACCUAUUUAAAGUACGAGAAGAACCCUAAGAUAAAGGAGGCCAUUACUAUGAAAUUUAACGAGUAUUUGCACCGGGCCAAGAAGAUUCGAGCCAUGUUGGAUGAGGGUGGGAGUGGUCCUAGCCCGAGUGGAGGAGAUGCAGCUAUGGCUACAAGGGACAAGACAAAGCCUGAGGAUGGAGAAGAUGGUGAGGAUCCUAAAUAGUCCAAGUUGAAGGAUGUGCUUAAUUCCACGAUUGUUAGGGAAAAGAAAGGAUUUUUAACGAGUUGUUGGUCAAAGUCAUGGUUUAUUAAAAGCAAAUCAAUAGAGUGAAGACAGCCAAAUAUGCCUCUCCUGUUUGGUUACAACUUGUUUGGGCAGUCGUCAUUACCUAUUGUAUUGUAUUGCACUUUUAUUUUAAAUAAAAUGUAUAUUGUAAUUGUUACUUAAGUUUUAUUUUAUUAUAUUGUUAAAUUCGUUGUUACGUAACAAUGAAAGCUUCAUUUUAUAUAACGAUCGAUUUAAUGCGGUUGGAUCA